AUGGCUGGGGCGAGGCAAGGUUUCCUCCACUUCUUUGCAAAAGACAGGACAUUCAAACCCAAGAAAAGAUUUGAAAGUGGCACAUUGAAAUAUAAUCUUCAUAAACAAGCCAAUGCCUCACUGAAUUCUGGGAUUGACUUGAAAGAAGUGGUUAAACUUCCUUCUGGAGAGGAUGUCAAUGACUGGAUUGCUGUCCACGUGGUGGACUUCUUCAACCGAAUUAAUCUGCUGUAUGGCACUAUAUUUGAGCAUUGUACAGAACAGAGUUGCCCCACCAUGUCUGGUGGUCCUAAAUAUGAGUACCAUUGGUGUGAUGGGGUCAACUACAAGAAACCAACAGCUCUCCCUGCCCCCCAAUACAUCACCUUGCUCAUGGAGUGGGUCGAGGCACAGAUCAAUGAUGAGAACUUAUUCCCCAUCCAGCUGGGUAGACCGUUUCCAAAGAACUACAUGAGCAUAGUCAAAAAGAUCUUAAAGAGAUUGUUUCGUGUUUUUGUCCAUGUUUAUAUCCAUCACUUUGACAAAUUGUUAGCUAUCGGAGCGGAAGCUCAUGUGAAUACUUGCUAUAAGCAUUUCUACUAUUUUGUCACUGAGUACAAUCUGAUUGACAAGAAAGAACUUGAACCACUGAAGGACAUGACUGAGAGAAUUUGCCACUGA